AUAUAAAAUGGAUCACUACUUUCCUUAGCUAAGAAGAAGAAGAAAAGAAAAGAAAAUAAAUAAGUAAAAGAAGUAUUUCGGUAACAGUCGAUCAAAACCCCGUCUUCUCAACCGAAAAUCCUUAGUCUGAAAAAUCUUCAUCGGCGAUGGCAGGCCAAUCGUCGUCGACGGCAGGCACGACAAACAUCAUGUUAGCAAUCUACGAGAAGAAAACAUCCUCAAUAGACCUCUACCGACCCCUUCGAAAUUACAUCUCCAUGUACUACUCAGAGCGCGAAGCUCAAAACCUCGAAGAUGAUCUCCAAACCCUCAAACAGUACCGGAUCGAUCUCGAGCGCCAAUCAGACCCUUCCCCGACUUCGCGCCGUGAUCUUCUCCAGAAUUACUAUAAAGCCCUUUGUUUAGUCGAAACGCGCUUCCCUAUUUCUCCGGAUAAGGAUCACAUCAACACGGUGACUUUUUUGUGGUAUGAUGCGUUUAAGCAGAAGCAAAAGGCAUCGCAGCAGAAUAUUCAUUUGGAGAAAGCGGCUGUGUUGUUUAAUUUAGGUGCUGUGUAUAGUCAGGUUGGGCUUUCGUAUGAUAGAGGUACAGUGGAAGGUAGGAGGCAGGCCAGUCAUGCGUUUAUAGCCGCGGCUGGUGCGUUUGCUUAUUUGAGGGAUAAUGCAGCGAUUAAGGCGUCGAUUGGAGGGAGUAGUACGGUGGAUGUGUCGGUGGAAUGUGGUGGCAUGUUGGAGAGGUUGAUGCUGGCACAAGCGCAGGAAUGUGUUUUUGAGAACACUAUUGCUAAAGGGAGUACGCCUGGUGUUUGUGCCAAGAUUGCCAGGCAGGUUGGGCUAUACUAUGAGGAAGCUUUAGCUGCGCUCAAUGUUGCACCUUUGAAGGAUCAUUUUGACAGGGCUUGGAUUGCUCAUGUUCAGUUGAAGGCAGCUCUUUUCUAUGGUGAAGCUUGUUAUCGUUAUAGUUUAGAGCUGCAUGAGAAAGAAGAAAUAGCUGAAGAAAUUGCAAGGUUGAGGAGUGGGGUUAGUGCCUUAGCUGAGGCGAAGAAAAACUCAAAGGGGGCUGCUGUACAGCUUCUGGAUGCUAUUAGCAAGCUUGAAGUCAAUAUCAAUCGCAACCUGGAGAGGGCCGUGAAGGAAAAUGAUAGAGUUUACCUCAUGAGGAUUCCUUCCCCUACUUCAUUACCUCCUCUUCCAGCAUUUUCAAUGGUAAAACCAAUGUCAAUGAAUGAAGUACUCGAUGCAAGCAAGGAAAAGAUGUUUGCAACUCUUGUUCCAGACAGCAGUGCAAAAGCUCUUUCCAGGUAUACUGAAAUGGUUGAUGAGAUUAUCAGAGUACAAGCUGAGAAAUUACAGCAAGGCAGUGAGCUAACUAGAGUCAGGCUCAAGGAAAUGGACCUGCCAGAUUCCAUUCUUGCUUUAGAAGGAAAUUUUACUCUUCCAACAGAUCUUAAAGAAGAUGUGGAAGCAGUGCAAAUUAGUGGUGGCCCUGCUGGCUUGGAAGUUGAGUUACAGCAGCUUAGGGAUUUGAGAAGAGUGAACCAAGAAUUGCUGGUUCAGACUGAAGAGCUUUUGCAGAAAGAAGCAGCAGAAGAUGCUCAGUUUAGAAGCCAAUUUGGUACUCGAUGGACUAGGCCUCAGUCCAGCACUUUGACAAAGAACUUGCAGGAUAGGUUAAAUAGAUUUGCAUCUAACUUAAAGCAAGCUUCAGAAAGUGAUGGCAGAAUUGAGCGUUCAGUGAGGGAUCAUUCUGCACUCAUGUCAAUCCUUGAUCGACGUCCGAUAGAAGCUGCUCUUCCAACUCUGGCUAGGCCAAUUAUGUCUUUAGAUGCCAAUGAAGAUGCUAUAGUGGGGUCCCUGAAGCAGAGCUUGAGGCAGUUGGAGGUACUUGGUGCUCAACGGGCGGGUCUUGAAGACAUGCUCAAGGAGAUGAAAAGGAAGGAUGACAUAUUACCAAAAUUGAUGACAUCCACUGGCUCCUAUGAAGACCUUUUCAGGAAAGAGAUUGCAAAAUAUGAUCAAAUUUGUGAAGACAUUGCCCAAAAUAUUGAGGCGCAAGAACAAUUGCUUUUGCAAAUCCAGGCUCAAAAUGAUGAUUUCUCUGCCAUCUUCAAUCUGGAAGAUUACAAAGCAUCUCGUGAGAAGUGUUAUAAGCAGAUACAGGCUGCUAUAGCUAAGUAUCGAGAAAUAAAGGAGAACAUCAAUGAGGGUUUGAAAUUCUAUGUUACUCUUCAGGACGCAAUCACCAAUGUCAAGCAGCAGUGCAGUGAUUUUGUGAUGACAAGAAGUAUCCAGUGCCGAGAGAUGAUGGAAGACGUACAGAGACAAAUGGCAGGACUGAGUUUUCAGGACCGGAAGAACUCAGGUUCCUACAACUAUCCUAUGGUGAGUCAGGCUCAUCAAACACCGAGAUCAAGUCUUCCACCCGCACUAGCAGAUCCUCAAAAUGUGCCCCAUCCUCGCCCUCAAGCCACACCUCCUUACUAUCAGCCUCCUGAGCAGCAGCCAACAAUGCCAGGAUAUGCUCAUCAUCCUCCCCCUUAUAGCACUCCCAAUCAGCCUCCGCCUUAUCAUAUGCCACCUGCACCGGGUACUCCUUAUCCACCUCCUCAGGUUCAACAACAGCCACCAACAAGUCAAGAGUAUGGUCAGCCUGCCUAUCCAGGUUGGCGGGGCCCAUACUACAAUGCCCAUGGACAGCAACCCGGAUCCCUUCCUAGACCUCCUUACACACUGCCUAAUCCAUACCCUCCUCCCCAUCAAAGUGGCUACUAUAAGUAAUGAUUGUGUAAUAUUUUUUUUUUCAUUUUAUUUUUGGCAAUAUUAUUUGACAGCUUUUCUUUAUUCCGUCUUUGGUGGAAUAGGUUGUACUCGGUAGAUCUUAUGUUUGGUUGCACAGCAUCACUAUCUUGAAUAGCUAGUUGUCUGUUGUUCUGCAUAAUCCUUUUAUACCAUUUUAUAUGUAUUAAUGAGAAUAAAAUCUUGUUCGAAUUUUAACAUUCAGACAGGUUAAAUUUCUUGAAAUAUAUUCAAGUUUAUGCAGUA